UCUCCAUCUAGUGUUCUGUGUGGAACCUACAACAAGAUCUUUCACUGUUCUAUUACAGUGUGAUGACUAAUUUAGAAUCUGUGUGUGUGUGUUUCAGUAGAAUGGGUUGUGGUCGUUGAUUUCUAAAUUUUGGAGUGUGUGAGAGAGUAAAAGAGAGAGAGAAAGCGUGUUGGCUUCUGUUAAGCAUGUAUGUGUUCAUUUCUAAAGGUGUGUAUGUCGAUUUCUAAAGCUGUGAGAGAGCGUGUGUGUGCGUGUGUGUGUGAGUGUGUGAGAGAGAGAGGUGUCUGCCCAUCAGCGCUGUUUGUGUUCGUUAAGGAAGGCUGCUGCUUUGGGCUGAUAAACCUCUGACCGUUUCUCACUUUUUUAAGACGUGAGGCGUCACCCGGCCCGGGUGCAAUGUCCUUUUGCUCCACAUGAGCUCGACUAUGUGGUACAUCAUGCAAAGUAUUCAGAGUAAAUACUCCCUUUCGGAAAGGCUUAUCCGAACCAUCGCGGCCAUUCGCUCGUUCCCACACGAUAAUGUGGAGGACCUUAUACGCAAGGGAGCCGACGUGAACAGGAUGCACGGCACUCUGAAGCCCCUGCACUGCGCCUGCAUGGUGGCUGACGUGGACUGUGUGGAGCUUUUGCUGGAGAAAGGUGCAGAGGUAAACGCUUUGGAUGGCUACAAUCGCACAGCGCUGCAUUACGCGGCAGAGAAGGACGAAGGUUGCGUGGAGCUGCUGCUCGAAUACGGAGCUCAGCCCAAUGCGCUGGAUGGCAACAAGGACACACCGCUACACUGGGCUGCCUUCAAAGACAACCCCGAGUGUGUGCGUGCGUUGCUGGAGAGCGGCGCCCAUCCUAACACGCGUGACUACAACAACGACACGCCACUCAGCUGGGCCGCCAUGAAGGGAAACCUGGAGAGCGUGCGUGUGCUGCUGGACUACGGCGCCCAAGUUCACGUGACCAACCUGAAGGGCCAGACUCCCAUUUCACGUCUGGUGGCACUGCUGGCGCGUGGCCUGGGCUCUGAGCAGGAGGAAGAGUGUCUGGAGCUGCUGUGCAGCGCCGCAGGGAGGUUGGAGAUACGCCGGGCUGACGGCUCCGUGCCUCAUGAGCUCAGUAAGCAUCCGCAGCUUCUGGCUCGCCUCACCAGCAUGAUGGUCCAACCGGCGUCGCUGAGAGAUCUGGCCCGCUGCGCUGUGCGCAACAGCCUCGGGGUCCAGUACCUACCCACGGCCGUGAACCAGCUCCCGCUGCCUGAGUCUGUUAAACAGUACGUACUCCUCAGAGACACUGGGGAUAUAGGAGGGAGAGAAAAGGAUAGAGAUGGAGAACAGACUGUCUGUAAUGCACCGCAGAGCAAUUAGAAAUGUACUAAAACAAAUCGCUAAAGGCUCACAACAGCCUGACAAAUCUGCAUAUUAAUAUAUAUCCACCAGCCACUUUAAUAGGAACACCUGUACGCCUGUUUAAUCAUGCAGUUAUCCAGUCAGCCAAUCAUGUAGCAGCAGCCAAUGCAUAAAAUCUUGCAGAUAGAGGUCAAGGGCUUCAUUUAACAUCACAAUGGGGAAUAAUGUGAUCUCUUUGACUUUGAUCGUGGCAUAGUUGUCGCAUCCAGACGGGCUAGUUUAAGCAUUUCAGAAACCGUGAAUUCCAUGCACAGUAGUCUCUAGAGCAGUGGUCACCAACCCUGUUCCUGGAGAUCUACCUUCCUGAAGACUUCAGCUCCAACCAUAAUCGUGCCCACCUGACCAUCUAAUCAUUGCCUUAGGAAGUUCUUGAUCAACUAAAACAGGAAACCCCUUGAGCUUUCCACCCAAUAGAAUAGCCAGACUGGUUUGAGAUGACAGGAAGGCUACAGUAACUCAAAUAACCACUGUUUACAACCGUGGUGAGCAGAACAGCAUCUCGACACGCACAACAUAUUGGUGGAUGGACUACAACAGAAAAAGACCACAUCAGGUUCCACUCAUGUUUCUCAAACAGGAAUCUGAGGCUACAGUGGGCACAGGCUCACCUGAUUUUAUGUCACAUGAUUGGCUGAUUUGGAUAAUUGCAUGAAUGAGCAAUACAGGGUUGCUCACUAUUAAAGGGACUGGUGAGUGUAAUAGAAACAGAGAAUUUAGUGUUGCGCACAUUUUUAUUUCUCCUAGUUUAUUCCCUAUCAUUUUAAAAAAUGACAUUAUGACUUGUAUCGGUAUUUUCCCUAGAAUCAGGACUCUUGUGCACAAGUGAACAGCAUGCAACAGCAGAUACUUUAUUGAAAUGUUAUUGAACAAAAUGAAUCCAAAAUUCUCUCAAUUCAAAGAAGAAAAAAAUGGGGAAUAGUAUAAACUCCUAUAUAAGAAUUCCUAUUAUAUUGAAAAAUUCUUCACAAGCAUUUUUUUUAAACUAUUGCUUUGGCCAUUGACUAUAAUUUUAAUUUAAAAUGAAUAUUAAAAUGAUUUUUUUGUGUGGAUGAUACUAUUUUAGAUAUAUUUGUAACUGGGGUUUCUAUGAGGAAACAAACCACAUGUUAUUAGACAUUUCCUUUUAGUUUCUACUAGCGCUGGGCGAUAUGACAAAAAUAUCCCAUCAUGAUACUUGAGGACAUUUCUCCGAUACAUGAUGCGCAUCACGAUGUAUAAUGUAGCUAACAAACUGUCUGCAAAACAAGUAGUAAAAUAAGCAAAAAAAACGUUCAACUGAGUUCGACGAUACUCUUCUUUAACGCCGACAAAAACAAAGAUUAAAAAAACGGCAAAUCGGCAGCAUCCAUUCAGUACCAUUUCAUUUGAAAUUGUUCAAAAUGUUUCAAAAAUAAAUCAUACCAACGAGAUCUCAGAAACGUGUAUCGCGUAAGCAUUCAUCACAAUAUCGAUGUUAUAUCGAUACAUCGCCCAGCCCUUCUUCGUACUAUCAGGAUUAAAAAAAAGUACCACAGUAUAACUUAGGCUACAAAUGCUGGUGCUACCCUCAAGUUGAUGUUUUUGUUUUUUCUUCUUUAGUGAGAACACCUAGAGCAGGGGUGUGCAAUAUUAUCCGCGAAGGGCCGGUGUGGGUGCAGGUUUUCAUUCCAACCAAGCAGGAAGCACACCUGAUUCCACCUGUUUAAUCAGUUGAUCUUGGCUUUCAAUAGACUCAGGUGUGGUUUCUGCUUGGUUGGAAUGAAAACCUGCACCCACACCAGCCCUUUCCCGAUAAGAUUGGACAUCCUUGACCUAGAGCAUGCAGUGUACUUUUACACCUCGUUUACAAGGCGUAACAAGGACCACUAUCUUACCUUCUUUUGUUGGUUUAUUUGCAUUGUUUUGUACCCUGAGGGAGCAAAUCUUGUAGUGUGUGAUAAGUGGUUAUGAGUGCUUCCUAUUAGGAUCUGUACAGAUUUAUCAGCAGUAGAACACUAGCACGUUCCUUUCCGAUAUCUCGCGUUUCUGAAUUUAAUAAGCUCAUACUCGGUUUCAGUUCUUUUUCUGCAGGACUUUGCCUCAUGUUUUUUGCUGUAAAUCAUGUUUGUACAGUAAUAGCCUGAGUGGAAAAUUAGCCAGCGUGAUGUCUAUGUCUGUAUUGUGUGCAGCCAACCACUUAACACACUUUCCCUGUGAAAUACAAGUAAAAUCCAUCCUGCAUCAC